AUGAAUUCAGAAGAUCCCGCUGAGUUUACUCUCCUAGAAAACCAACAUCUAGAGAAGAGUACCUGGCGGUCCUACCGAGAGAAAAAUGCGUCAUGCACAGCAUCAAUCAUUCGACUGCUUUCCUAUAGGAUUCACCUUACCGCUCUAUAUAUGAUUAUUGCAUUGCUCUUAGUCGUUCUACUACUGUGUGGCAGGGAUCCAAGCCAAAAACUAUAUUCGCCCGCAGCCGGGGCUAUCAAGUACAAAACAGAGCUUUGGCCAGAUAACCUUAGCUACAAUUCCCCCUACAUGGCUGAUGGUCCAGAUGGCAUGCCCACUAACGAGACGGACAGGCUAUGGAGCGAGCUGUAUGAACUUGGAAUCACAUACGUGCCCUCUUCCCAAGCCGCGUAUCUCCCCAACGAGACCGCGGCCUUACCUGAUGGGUCUGAUCGCUAUCCUAUUCAAUUAGGCGUGUUUCAUCAGCUUCAUUGUCUUAAUAACUUGCGCAUGGCCUUCUACCCAGAUAGGUAUGCAGAAACGUACCACGAUCUCCUCCCAACUGACGGCAGCGGCUCUCGUUACAACUACUCCUCGCACGAUGCGCACCACAUUGGCCACUGUAUUGACAGCCUUAGGCUGGUUGUCAUGUGCCACUCGGAUGUAACACCACUCACUUGGGUAUACGACGAGGCAAAGAGAGUACCGCUGCCGACGCUGCAAGUGCAGCACACCUGCCGCAACUUUGACGCAAUCCAGCAGUGGGCAGGGGAAAGGGCCAUUGUCGAUGAAGCCGAGCUUGAAUGGCCACAUGGGCAAAAGGCUGACUUCACGUUUAGAGGGAAGGCAGCGGAGUAA